GCAACUUCCGCUAACUCGCUGCUGAGCAAAAUGGACGCCUUUGUGUCUGUUUUCUUCGUAUUCGCACUAUAAAUACUGUUUUCCCCGCGAUGCACCACCUUUGACAUGGCGAUGUUUACGCGGUGCUGUGAAACAUGUAAGUGAAAGUCGUGAGGUGAUAUUCAGUUCGGUGCAUAUCUUUGUGAUCGUUGUAAAAGCGCAACCAUCCAAGUAGGCCACAACCACGGAUUGACAAUUGAGUGGAUAUCGUCUACGGGGAAAAGUUUUUUGCUAAAAGGCUUGACACGGUCAAACGUAACGAUUUGGAGAACGCGCGAUAAACGGAUACAUGUUUGUCUACGAUUAAAAUUGAUGCUCAUGCAAAUGUGUUCAUGCUGCCCGCCAAAAUUAUAUUCCGCAUAGUACAUUCGGGAGCAUAAAUAAUCGUCGCGAUUGCUUGGGCGGGCUUUCGCGUUCGUUUGGAAAAUUCUGCUGUCUCUAAACAUCAUCCAGAGCUCAUGUUAUCAUAUGUAUGAUGUUGGAUGGUAGACAUCCAACGAAGAAAGGGAGAUCGUAUGCAGCACUACAAAAUGAUUAUAAUUUUAUAAAGAAUAGGACAAGGGAUUGAUAAUCAUGGAUCGAUUAUUGGAGGACCCACGUGCUUCAUCAAAGUUUGGUUGAAAUUUUCUUUUACAUCAUGGGAACUUAAAAGAGACUUUGUUAAGUUCCCAAUAUAACUUUAGUGUUAGUGUUCUCUGACAAGAGUUAGAUACUAUUCCGUUUAAUAGUAGAAUGUGUUGGAACGUUUAGGAAAUGCAAGUACAAAAAUAAAACAGCAAUGAUUAGUUUGGGUAUAUGUGGCAACAGUGCUGCAUUUAGAUAUGUUCUGUUGUCUUACAUCUAUAUUAUAUCGUGAGUAGAACUUUUAUAUGAUGUUAGUGCAGUGCUUCAUAUAUUGGAUUGUUCUAUGAAUCGAGGGGGGAAAGACAGAAACACUGGAAUUGAUUUUGAAUCUAUUUUUUGUCCAGGCUGUAAUGCCAGAACAAAUCAAAUUCAAAAUGAAUGGGGUUAUUCCGAGUGUGCCAAUUACUACCCUCGCUGGUAUCGCGAGUCUCACUGACUUGUUGCCUGAAAUGCCCCUACCAACGCCGCUGCCCCAAACUCUGACAAACAAAUCUCUCCUGUUUCAUCCAAGAGUGGCAGAGGAAGCACAAAUAUUGUUAAGUGUUCGAGAUGAAAAUUUAGUGCCCCAGUUAAUAUUGUCCCUGUCACAAACUUCGUCGGAUCAUAUUGAACUGAAGGAUAAUUAUGCUAAUACUGAACAACCCUUGGAAUCAGAGCAGAAUACGCCGGAAUUGCUUAAAGCAAUUCUCCAGAUAAAUCCACACGUGUUCAAAGGACCUCAGUAUAAUUCUCCAAGAAAUUGGUCUCAGGGUACACAGCAGAUGCAUUCUAAUCAAUCACCAGCAAAUUAUGGCCGCUUUUCACCAUCUUAUUCAAAUUCUUCAGGGUCCAGGCAAACGCCUCAAGGUAGUCCUGCUCAUCCUGCUGCAGCUAGGACUGUACUCCCACCACCUAGUGGUAUCUCUCACGCGCAGCAUCCACGAAUGCCAGUUACACCUCAAAAUCAUGCAGAUAUUUCACAAAUGUCUCCUUUUGCCGUGCCUUCUCCAUCUCCUAGAGGAAACGUUAUGACGGAGCAAACGAGAACAUCGACUACGCCACAGCAUGUACAGGAUGACUCCAAUUGUAUAAAUCCUCUGUCGAAUAUAGCUCCCCAACCAAAUAUGUAUUCUCCGGCUCAUAUGAGCUCACCCAAUACACCUUUGACAUCUUUGGGUAAUGUAACGCCUCAGCAUCAUAACAUGGCUGGUAUGACGCCGCAACACAAUAUGCACAUGACUUCUCCAAUGCGUGCAAACAUACCUGUUCAGCAACAGCAAACUAUGAACAUGCAACAGAAUGUUUACGAUCCAACGAUGAAUCAACAAGUACAUCAUCCGUUGCAAAGUAAUGAGCAUAUGGAUAUUAAUAGCAGUGUUCAAGCUAAUCAACAGUUUUUACUCGAUCCAGUAACUGGCCUUCCUGACAUAGAUUUACCAAUAGAGAAUAUUGAAACAAAACAAAGCAUGGAUAAUGCUGCACAAGAUUUAUUGUCAGGUUCACAGACCACGUCAUAUCAAAACCUUCAUAAUGUUAAUGUUGUUAAUACUUUAGAUCAUACUAAUAUAAUGCCAAUGCAGCAUCAACAAAACAACAAUUCUGACAAAAUGUUAAAAGUGCCCACUACACCAACAGAAAAAAUGAAAGAACCUGUUGUUAUGUUGAAUAGAUUAUCUAUAGAAGAUCAGACGCUUAUGCAGAAGAGUUUAGCUGCAUUCGCUGAGAAAUCUCCCAGUCGUGCUGCAAGGAUGGGAAUAACCAAUCGCGAUGAUACAAAGAGUGAUUCCGAAAGUGAAGAAGAAAUUGGUAAAAAUAAUAAAUAUUUCAAAGCGCGAGCAAAGGAACGUCAGGUUCAGAGAGAAAAGGAAAGAGCAGAAAGGAAGAAAAGCGAAGAUAAAAUUCGUAGGAGAAGAAGGAUAUUGGAUGACGAUGAUGAGGAUGAAAAGAAGGAAGGCAUAUUUACACCAACAAAACCGAAAAUAAGAAAGGUGGAGAAAAAACUAGUUCCAGUUUUGUCUAAAUUAAGUGUAGAAGAGUUAAUGGAAACUAAUACAUACCAACGAUUUAAUUCGACGAUAGAGACCAUUUUUGAAAAUACAGAAGAUAUUGCAACCAACGCCGAGUUAGAGGAAGAUGGUGAUGUGCCUCCAGAAUUGCUUAUUCCUAAAUAUCAAUUACACGAUUUAUGUACCGAAGCGGCAAAAUUAAAAGCUUUAGGAGCAAUGGAGUCUAUUCCAGCGGAUAGAUUGGUUAGAUUGCUAAAUAUUUUAGAGAAGAACAUUCGUGACGGAGCUCGGGUAUCACCGUUGGCAGAUCCCGAUGACGACGUUGACGAAAGCAGGCUGUGGAUGCAGUUGGCCAUGGAAAGGGUACAACGUGCCGUAGACGCAUCACUGAUAUCGUUGCACAUUAUGACAUCAAGUAAUAUGCCCAAGACAGUUUAUUUGGAAGAUGUAAUCGACAGAAUAGUUCUUUUCAUGAAAUUUCAAUUGCAAAACACCAUUUAUCCUUCAUUUGACCCUGUUUAUAAAAUAGACACAAAAAACAAGACUGACAAUUAUAAUUCUAGCGGACGUAAAAAAAGGGGCCACAUGAAGGAAGUUCGCGAAAAGAGCAUUCUUCAAGUUUACAACAAAAUGCACGAACUGGUUGGUCUCCUUGCCGAAUUAUUAAAUAUUCAAGUGUUAACGGAUACCAGUGUCCUUCACGCAUCCACGUUAGGCGUUGCACCGUUUUUUGUUGAAUCCGUAAGCGAUCUUCAAUUAAGCGCUCUUAAGCUUGUCACCGUAAUAUUUACCAAAUACGAAAAGCAUAGAAGAUUAUUGUUAGAUGAUAUUUUGGCGUCAAUAGCGAGACUACCUAGUAGCAAAAGAAGUUUACGCACAUAUAGGCUAAACUCCGAAGAUCAUAUACAGAUGCUAACUGCGUUAGUAUUGCAGCUUAUCCAAUGCGUCGUGGUAUUGUCAGACAGUGUUGUACCGCAGACAAAAGGAUCUUCAAAGGACGAUGAAGAGAAGAAGGAAGAAAAAAAGGAGGAAAAGAAGGAGGAAAAGAAGGAAGAGAAAAAGAUUAGCCAUGUCGAUGCUGAUGUUCUGAUUAUAAAUAAGUACGAGACCGCCACUAGAAUAGCUGGUAAUUUUUUAACUGUAUUUUUAAACAAAUGCGGAAGCAAAGGAGAAGAAAUUGAUUAUAGACCAUUAUUCGAGAAUUUUGUACAGGAUCUAUUAGCUACAGUGAAUAAACCUGAAUGGCCUGCAGCGGAAUUACUUCUUAGCUUGCUUGGAAAUUUAUUGGUUGGACAUUUCUCGAACAAAAGUUCGGAUAUGUCGCUUAGAGUUGCUUCCAUUGAUUAUCUUGGAGUAGUUGCAGCUAGGCUAAGAAAAGACGCGGUCAGUUCCCAAUGUAAGCUGUCGACGAUUGAUCAGAUUAUAAGAGACAUCAAAUUGGAACAACAAAAGGAUGCCGAUUAUGACCAAGUCAAAGACAAGGAAAUCAUAGGAUUGAGCGAGGAUGAAGAAAGGACGGUCUUUUUACAGAAAGUACUUUUAGAUUAUUUGGCCGUUAACGGUACGAAGGAUUCGGCAUUGGUAUACGCUCGACACUUUUAUUUGGCUCAAUGGUACAGAGAUUGUGCGGUAGAGAAGUCACGCGUAGGACAAUCAAAGAAUAGUCCGACUAAGAAGACGCAUAAAAAGAGAGCGAAGAAAAAGAAUAAACAUCAUAGUAGCGAUCAGGAAAGUGAUUCGGAAGUUGAAGAUCAGGAUGCGGAUGAAAAUGACAAUAACGAGCAGAAAAAUUCAGAAGCUUAUAGACUUAUAGAGGAAAAAAAGAAAUAUAUUAUUAGCAGAAUUAGACCGUAUAGUACGGGAACUAAGCCAGACGUUUUACAAACCUACAUAGAUUACAAUUCGGCCGAACUCAUUUCUCAAUAUCUUGCAUCAAAGAGACCAUUUUCCCAAAGUUUCGAUCGUUAUCUCAAACAAAUACUUCACGUAUUAACAGAAUCAUCCAUUGCAAUUCGAACGAAAGCCAUGAAAUGUUUAACGAUGAUCGUUGAAGCCGAUCCAAGUGUACUUGCGAGAGUCGAUAUGCAACUCGGAGUGAAACAUUCGUUUCUCGAUCAUUCAACAUCGGUAAGAGAGGCUGCUGUCGAUUUAGUUGGAAAAUUUGUAUUGAGCAGACCAGAAUUAAUAGAUAAAUAUUACGACAUGUUGCUAGCGAGAAUAUUGGAUACAGGUGUCAGUGUUAGAAAACGUGUAAUUAAGAUAUUGAAGGAUAUCUGUAUGGAGUGUCCAGAUUUUCCAAAAAUCCCAGAGAUUUGCGUGAAGAUGAUCAGAAGAGUGAACGAUGAAGAAGGGAUAAGAAAACUAGUUAUGGAAGUUUUUCAAAAUAUGUGGUUUACUCCUGUAAGAGAAAGACCUACUCUUGAUUCGGAAUCAUUAUUAAGAAAAGUAAUGAAUAUCACCGAUGUUGUUGCGGCUAGCAAAGAUAUGGGCUUGGAAUGGUUCGAACAACUGCUGGUAAGUUUGUUUAAACCAAAGGAAGAUAAAGAUGAUAGCACGAAAAUGCAAACUGAACCUCCGAAGGCAUUGUUAACGGCAUGCAAGCAGAUCGUCGAUUGCUUGAUAGAAAAUGUUCUUAGGUUAGAGGAAACUAAUCUAGGUGACGUAGGUAAAUCCGAAAAGAAAGGAUCGUCACAGCGACUGGUCGCUUGUUUGACUACGUUAUAUCUCUUUGCGAAGAUCCGACCGCAACUUUUGGUUAAUCAUGCGAUCACCUUACAGCCUUAUUUAAGUUUAAAGUGUCAAACACAAGGGGAUUAUCAAAUAAUAAGUAGCGUUGCGCAUACUCUCGAGUUAGUAGUACCAUUGAUGGAACAUCCCAGUGAAACGUUCUUAGCACAGCUAGAAGAGGAUUCGGUUAAAUUAAUUCUACAACACGAUAGAUCGGUCGUAGCGAGUUGUUUAUCGUGUUUAGGCUCUAUAGUGAACAACGUCACGAGGAACUUUAAAUUAAUACGUGACUGUUUUAAAAAAUAUUACGGUCAUCUGACGGAGUACAAAUCGUUAUACGAGAAAGAUCCGGCGAAUCCAAUGCUAUUGAAAUAUAGGCCAUUUUUCAGAAGAGCAUUGUUCACAGUCGGCUUAUUAUUGAGGCAUUUUAAUUUUACCGAUCCGGAGGUCAUCGAGGGUUUGGCAGAGAACAUAAAGGAUCAAGUAUUUGAGACAUUAAAUUACUUCGUCCAUCAAGACAACGAUGAUAUACGUCAUUUCACUUUAUCCGCUAUUGGUUCUCUUUGCAUAAGACAUUACGAAUUCAUGUUGGUUCCCGAAUUGAAGGAGCUUUAUCAUCAUUUGCUUACGUCGGAGAACGCUCUGGUUCACAUGAGAAUACAAGUUUUAAAUAAUAUUGAAAUAUAUCUUCAGGAGGAAGAAAAGAGAAUGAUAAAACAGGACUUGGAAUGGUCGAAGAUGUCAAAACAAGAGAACUUGAAGGAAAUGGGCGAUGUUUCCUCGGGAAUGGCUAGUACCGUCAUCCAGCUUUACAUUAAAGAGAUAUUGGAAUCUUUCUUACAUGCGAAUAUAAGCGUUAGACACGCUGCUCUUAAAGUUAUACAACUGAUUUUGACUCAAGGUUUGGUGCAUCCUGUGCAAAUAGUACCCUAUUUGAUUUGCAUGAGCACGGAUUGUGAGAAAGCCGUCAGUCACAGCGCGGACAAACAGCUGCAGGACAUCGAGAAGAAGUAUCCUGGUUUCAUCCAUAUGAAAUCACAGUUUGGUAUAAAACUAAGUUUUCGAUUACAGAAAAUAUUGCAGAAUGAUAAUACUGUGAGAGGUAUGCGAAUUAAAGAGGGUGAAUUUCCUGGUGCACUCAAUGGUUUUCUAUAUACUAUAUUAAGGAAUACGAAACAACAGAGAAGGGCGAUAGUCUUGUCCUUUUUAAAACAAUUCGAUGAGAGCGCUAAGACAAGUUUAUCUCAAAUGUUAUACUUGGCUGAUAAUCUUGCUUAUUUCACAUAUCAGGUACAAGACGAACCGUUAUUCAUCAUCCAUCAUAUCGAUAUUAUCAUAUCGAUGUCAGGUACAAAUUUGCUGCAGUCUUUCAGAGAAGCCUUGCUGCCUAAGGAAGGAAACAGUCAAUCGACGUCGCAUCAUCAUCAUCACCAUCAUCAUCAUCAUCAUCAUCAUCAACAACAACAGCAACAGCAGCAGCAGCAGCAGCAACAACAACAGCAGCAGCAACAGCAACAACAACUACAACAACAACAGCAACAACAACUACAACAACAACAGCAACAACAACAACAACUACAGCAACAACAACUACAACAACAACAAUUACAACAACAACAACAUUUGCAGCAGGUACAGCAAGAGCAGCAGUUGCAGCUCCAACUGCAGCUGCAGCAACAUCAGCAACAACAACAACAGAAUCAACAGCAGCCGCAACAUUUGUUGCUGCAAGAACACCAACAAGAUCAGCAAAUGAUGCAACCGCCUAUGCAGCCGAUAGGAAUGGUAGGAUCAAGCGAGCAGCCUCGUUCUGAAAUUAUAUUGUCUCUGGUAGAUGAGGAAGACGACGAAGAGGACGAAGAGACGAUCCUAGCAAGAUUACCAGGUGACACAACUUUGCUCCGAGAAUACAUCACAGCCAGUCAAGGUUUUCUUUUGCUCCUGACAUUGAGGCAACAUCUAAAAGAUCUUUAUGGUUUCUCCGACGCGAAGAUCGGUCAAUAUUCGCCAUCGGAAGCGGCCAAGGUUUAUGAGAAAGCUGUGAAUCGUAAGAAUAAUCUUUUGUUCAAACCUAAAGCUACGUUACAGAGGCUGAAGGAAGGUGUAAGCAAUGCUGAACUCGACGCCGAGGGUAGAAAGAAGUUGGUGAAGGAGUAUUUGGACUUUAAACAGUUAAUGUUGAAGUACGAUCCCGAAGAACCAGACGAAGGAGAGGAAGGAGAUACCAGCGGCAAACAAUGUAACACGGAUAACAGUCAAUCACCAAGGAUACCCAAUCCUGAGGUUGAUAAUAAACUUAUCGAUAGUGCAGUAACAAGCAAUUCUUUUGGAAAUGUUCAGUAUCAUCAAGCAAAUAUGAACUCGUCUAUCGAGCAUUCGAACAACUCGAUGAACUCAACGAUAACGGCGUCGACACCGACGUCUCCACGUGUACCCAAACUUACUAUACAUCCGAUGAAUCCUGACAUGAAGGAACAUCGUAAGCAUCGCGCGCACAAGACGGAAAAGGUGAAGAAACAUAAGAAGAAGAAAAGGAGAAGAAUCUCCGAUAGUAGCGAGAGUGGGGAAGAUUAUAGUGACCCUGAUUUUCUAGUGUGAGUGCGGUGGUAUCGGGACCUGCGUGUACAUAAAGUCAUAUUCAUUUCGAAAUUUUUAGAACAUCAAAGGGGCAAGGGACUGUUCUGGUAUCUAUAUAUAUCUAUAUAUAUCUAUAUCUAUAUAUAUAUAUAUAUACACACGUGUAUAUAUAUAUAUAUGUGUGUGUGUGUAUAUAUAUAUAUAUAUAUACAUACAGAUAAACAACAAACAUACAUAAACAUACAUAUAAAUGUAGUUAUACUUAUAUGUAUAUAUGUAUAUCAGAUCAGAUGAUUUUUAUCGAUGAUACCAGUGCUGCUCUCUGGACGCUCAUAAUGGCGCAAUGAACUUUCGUUAGGUGAAAAAUGAGAUGCUUCUGUAGAAGAGUACUAAAAGGAUGUACUGUAUAAAGUGAGAGAAAGUGAGUGAUAGAAAUAGAGUAUGAGAGCGAGAGCGAGAGAGAGAGAGAGAGCGAGAACGAGAGAGUGAGAAAGAGAGAGCAAGAGAGAGAGAGAGAGUAUGAGAGAGAGAGAGUGUGAGAAAGAGAGAGAGAGAGAGAGAGGGAGAGAGAGAGAGAGAGAGAGAGAGGGAAAGAGAGAUGGUGGUGCUGUGGUUACGUGUGCGAGAAAUAUCUUCGAUGCGAGCGAUUACAAUUUUGAAGCACACUCGUCGUCACUCGGCGAGAUUAGAAUUAUAUUAUACUAUGUUCUGCUAAAAGCAUUAAAUUUAGGAUCUCUCUCCGAUGUGAGACAAAGACGUCCGGGUUGAUUCGAUCGAAAUCGAAUCAUUAUCUUAUUUUUCAUUGUCUGUCUCAUACAUAUGAUGUAUGGUUUUUAACGAUGAUCUUAAACAUAGCAAUGAUUACCAA